CACACAAAUCACAUCAUUUAUUAAUAUUCCGAGCGGCGUUUGGACCUAAACCCUAGUGAUUGACCUAUUGAACACUAAGAUAAAUUGCUCUCAGGAAAAAUUCAGCUCACAUUUCUCGCGCAUUAAAUGGGAGCUAGAAUACAGAUCUUACUCGUAGCCUAUGUUGUGCUAUCUGCGUCCGCUUUUUCGGUCUCUAACAUCCAUGUCCCAUUCCUACCCUCAAUACCGGGAUUUCUGAAGGGAACAGGCGUGAAGAGAGCGCAACAACCGUUGCAAGACGGGCUAAACGAGUGGAUACAAUGGGAAGAGGCAAAGGCACUUGAGAAGCUGUUGGACAACAUUGCUCCAGGUGGGAGAGGAUUGGAAGGCGUCGUGAACGGAAGCGUGAUUGCAAGUCCAUCAAGAGAGCAUCCGGAUUACUUUUACCAAUGGGUUCGAGAUGCCGCAAUCACAAUCAGCACGCUCGUAGAUAUUUAUGCAGAUAAUCCGUUGUUUGGUGACUCGAAAAGAAUUCCCGAUAUUCUCGACGCAUACGCUACUCUUCAGUCCACCAUUCAGCAUACCCAUAAUCCAUCGGGAACAUUCCAGGACUUGAAUGGUCUUGGUGAGCCUAAGUUCGAGGUCGAUGGUUCUGCAUUUGCGGGCUCAUGGGGUCGUCCUCAGCGUGAUGGGCCGGCUCUCCGCGCAACAACCCUGAUGUCUUAUAUUCGCGCCUACAACGCUUCACAUCCCUCGCUAUGGUCUACAGAUCAGGGAAAAAGUUGGUUCGCGCGUUUUUACCAGGCAACAUUACCCGCCAAUAGCAUCAUCAAAGCAGAUCUGGAGUACGUCUCUCAUUCUUGGAACCAGACUGGCUUCGACUUGUGGGAGGAAGUUGAUGGACUGCACUUCUUCACGGCCAUAGUACAAUUGAGAGCUUUACAUGAAGGAUCGGAAAUAGCGACUGCAUUCGGAGACCUGGGAGCUGCGAAGUGGUAUGCGAUGCAAGCUGAAUACCUUGAAAUAUUCGUAAAGAGAUUUUGGCAUGAUAAGAAGGGACAUCUGGUUGAGACACUGGAUAGUCAACGCAGUGGCCUGGACUGUGGCAUUCUCCUCGGUGCGCUGCAUGGUUCCCCUUCACGCGGCUCUCCUUCUACUAUAUCUUAUACAUCUUAUUCCGACGAGAUCCUCGUCUCCCUACUCGCUUUUAUCCAGGACCAACGGACAAGAUUCCCUAUCAAUGUCGCAAGAUCCCCAGCUUCUAAUAGCCAAAUACUAUCCGGCACUGGUCUAGGCCGUUAUCCAGAAGACAUUUACGAUGGCUAUGGCAAUGACCCUAAACGCGGCGGAAACCCAUGGUUCCUAUGCACGUCUUCAGCGGCAGAGAUCCUCUAUCGUACAGCCUCACACCUCAUUACCACGUCACAGCUCACCAUCACAAAGCUCAAUUAUCCCUUCUACAAAGCUCUUGUAUCGCCAUUGGCCCUAGAUGUUCGAGUCGACACGACGUACGGCCCUGGCAAUACUGAAUUCGCUCUGGUAAUCGAGCGCCUGAAGACGUUGGGAGAUGGGUUCCUUGGUGUUGUCAAGACGCAUACGAGUUCCGAGGGCACUAUGAGCGAGCAAUUCGAUAGGGAAACCGGCCUUGAGCGAGGCGCGAGAGAUCUGACAUGGAGUUAUGGAGCUUUCUUGCAAGCAGUCAGGGCGAAGAAGGCUGUGAUAUGAUUGAACUUUGCCUGGAUCAAGGGCGCCUAAGUCUGUCCGAAGCGUCAGAAAUACAAGCUCAUAGUGUAUCGACAUUGUAUCAAGUUGUUAUGGAGCUGAAAAAGGUGAACGAGUUGUCCUGGUGAAGUAAAAGUUAAUUUCUCUG